UUUAUAAUAAAUUAAAUCUAAUCAUAAAAUCAUUAUUUAAUGAAAUCUGAGUGCGCAACAAUUAAAAAUGAUUCAGAAUAGAUAAAGGAAAUUCAUUCUAAAUGGAAAAAUGCAGACAUAUAAUAAACUUAAAUAGGCCAAAUUAAAAAAUUGUAGUUAUCGUUUACUGAGUAGAAAAAUUUGGACUUUUAACUUCCAGAUGUUUUUGUAACUACUAAACGAAUACUUGCAAAGCCUUAAAGUAAAUUAUAAAUUAAUAAUGAGAGAGUAUGAAAAUUAAUAAAAAAACAUCAUUCAGUUUCGAGACAAGUUUAAAUAACAAUCUCUAAUCAAAAUAAUAAAGGAACCUUGAAUUAACAUCUCUUUAAACUAAAUAUUAAAAAUUUAAGUAACUAUUUAUAAUAAAUAAUUAGAGAUCUGUCUUGUUCUGUGAGGACAACUCCUUAAAAAGAUUCUCAUAAUUAAUGUUAAUCUAUUCUUAAAAAUUAAAAUUUCUAUGAAAUAGAUGGUAUUAAAUUUCCAUUUGGAUUAUAUUCGAUGCAUAAAAAAAGAAGAAAUUAAAUCUAGGAUUUACUAUAUAGUAAUAAUUAAUAAAAAUAAAAGAAAUUAGAUAAUAAUGAUUAGAUAUAGUUUGAAUGUAACAAUGAUGCUUAUUUCAAUAGCUGA